AUGGCGGACGCGACGCAGGUCCACCGCGCCCAUCGCGCCGCGCAAGCCGGUCCUAAGUCGGCCAAGGCGAAAGCCAAGGCCAAGGACCGGCAUGCAGGCGGAUUCAAUCCUAAGGCAUUUAUUGCGGCUCAUCCUUUUGCUGCCGACAAGCAGAUCCGCCGCAAGGCCGAGCUGGAUCAGCAACGGUUGCAUGUGCCCCUGGUCGAUCGCACACCUGAAAAGGAGCCCCCGCCUGUAAUUGUGGCGGUGGUAGGCCCUGAAGGUGUCGGAAAAACGACACUUAUGCGCAGUCUGAUUCGUCGUUAUACCAAGCAUACGAUUGCCACCAUCACUGGCCCUGUGACGGUUGUCAGUGGGAAGGCACGGCGCAUCACAUUUAUUGAAUGCAACAAUGAUAUUAACUCGAUGAUUGAUAUCGGCAAGAUUGCUGAUCUCGUGCUCUUAAUGAUCGAUGGCAGUUUUGGCUUCGAGAUGGAGACCAUGGAGUUCUUGAAUGUGCUGCAGGCGCAUGGGUUUCCGAAAGUCAUGGGCGUGUUGACCCAUCUCGAUUUGAUCAAGAAGCAAAAGACGCUCCGUGCGGCAAAGAAACGCCUGAAACACCGUUUCUGGACGGAAAUCUACCAGGGCGCCAAGCUCUUCUAUCUCUCCGGCAUUAUUAACGGUCGAUACCCUGACACAGAAAUCCAGAACCUGUGUCGCUUCAUCAGUGUGAUGAAAUUCCGUCCCCUCAUCUUCCGAAACCAGCAUCCGUAUUUCCUGGCAGACCGUAUGGAAGAACUGACGCCGCGUGAUCUCGUGCAAGCGAACCCCAAGAUGGAUCGUACCAUCACUGUGUAUGGCUACGUGCGCGGCACUCAUUUGCGUGAUAAGCAGCCUAUCCACAUUCCUGGUGUGGGUGAUCUGACCAUUGCCUCGAUUGAGCGACUCGCUGAUCCUUGCCCGCUGCCAACACAGGAGAGUGAAAAGAGACGGAAACUGAGCGACAAGCAAAAGCUGAUUCAUGCACCUAUGAGCGACGUGGGUGGCGUAAUGUUCGAUAAAGACGCUGUGUAUAUUAAUGUGCCGGGCCACUUUACGAAGAAGGAGGGCGCAGAAGAGGAGAAUGUCGGCGAAGGGGAGCGUAUGAUUAUGAGUUUACAGGACUCUGAGACGACGUUGGGCGAUCGUGCUGCGCAGGGUGAACUCCGCUUUGACUCGGAUCUGGACGAUGGGAUCGACAUGGCUCCAUGGAAGACGAAUCUGGCUGCGCGGGCCGAAGAAACGGUUCUGGCCAAUCGCCGUCGCAAGCGUGAUUUGAUGCGCUUGGUAUACGACUCGGAUCUUUCGCCUGAAUCCAUCGCUAGCGGGAAGGAUGCAGAGGAAGAAGACGAGACGCUGGAGGCACAGGAGGAGGAUCAGGACUUCUUCCUCAAGGUCGAGAACGAAAUGCCUACUGUAAUGAUCGAUGUGCCGGAUGAGGCUCGGCCUGUGCUCCGGGAAGGUGCCUUGGAUGCAUGGAAUGAAGAAGACCGACUGGAUUCCAUUCGUCAUCUGUUUAUCACAGGCGAGGCUGAUGAGGCAGCGGAGGGUGAGGGCGCAGCGGCCGAGGAUGCAGAGCCCACGCCAGAAGAGUCAGAAGAGGCCAAGGCGCAGGCUCUGGCUGCGAAGAAAGCGGCUCUCAAGCGCAAGUUUGAUGAGCAGUACGAUGACGACGAAGAGGAGGCCGAGGACGAUUGGUACACUGAGCAAAAGAAGGAGCUCGCUCGCCAAGCAGAGAUGAACCAGGCGGAGUUUGCCGAUGAAGAUGAGUCGACACGUGCCCAGAUUGAGGGGUACCGCCCAGGGACCUAUGUCCGUGUGGAGAUUGCGAACAUUCCAUGUGAAUUUGUGGAGCACUUUAACCCGGCAUACCCUGUCGUGGUGGGAGGCCUGCUUCCGAAUGAGACGACGUUUGGCUUCCUGCAAGUGCGUAUCAAGAAGCACCGCUGGUACAAACGUAUUCUCAAGACGAAUGAUCCAUUGAUCUUUAGUUUGGGCUGGCGUCGUUUUCAAAGUAUGCCGAUCUAUACAUUGGACGACGGGACACGGAAUCGUAUGCUGAAGUAUACGCCUGAGCAUAUGCACUGCUUGGCCUCAUUCUACGGCCCGGCGAGUCUGCCCAACACAGGUUUCUGUGCGUUUAACACGUUGUCUUCUGAUACUCCCAACUUCCGGAUCAGUGCGACUGGCGUAGUGCUCAACGUCGACUCUGGCAAUGGCGCAUCGCACCGUAUUGUGAAGAAGCUCAAGUUGACAGGUACGCCUGCGAAGGUGUACAAGAACACGGCCUUCAUCAAAGACAUGUUCUCCUCGCCACUGGAAGUGGCCAAGUUUGAGGGUGCGCAGCUCAAAACGGUGUCAGGUCUGCGUGGCCAAGUGAAGAAGGCGCUGGCCAAGCCGGAAGGUCAGUUCCGUGCUACGUUUGAGGACAAGAUCCUUAUGAGCGAUAUUGUCUUCCUACGUGCAUGGUACAAUAUUGUGCCACGUACCUUCUACAACCCGGUGACGUCGCUGUUGAUGCGUGGUGACCAGGAGCGCGAAUGGCAAGGUAUGCGACUCACCGGUACGGUGCGCAAAGAGGCGAACAUCAAGACGCCCUUGCGUGUCAACUCCACGUACAAGCCAGUGGAGCGACCUGAAGUACGCAAGUUCAACCCGCUCCGUGUGCCGAAGGCGCUGCAGGCCGCAUUGCCGUUCAGCAGCAAGCCGCAUAUGACCAAGGCGCAGCGCAAGCCGACGUAUCUGCAAAAGCGCGCUGUCGUUAUGGAGAAGGACGAGCGCGAUACGGUAGCCCUCCUCCAGCAGAUGCAAGCCGUGCAGAAGGCCAAGCAGCAGAAACGUCUAGCCAAGCGGCAGGAACGCCAGGAAGAACGCAACAAGAAGCAGGCCAAGAAGGAAGAGGGCGAUGUACAAAAACACAAGGAGCGUAUGAAAGAGAUCUACCGUGUCCAAGGCCAGCGCGCCGCGAAGAAGGCCAAAACGACAUAG